CCAAUAGCACCAAAGCGCAUCCGUCCUCAAUCGUCGACAUAACCUGCAAAAAUAACUACAAGUUAAAUGAAAUCAACUUUAAUAUACAAAAUAUAGCAUCAGCGGUAAAGACAUCAAAAGCUAACGGUAGUUGUGGGAUAGAUGAUAUACCAUCUGUCAUAUACAAAAACGGUGGCACGGAUAUGAUGGUACUAUUACUUAGAAUAUUCACCCUCUCACUAGUGACUGGGACCUACCCUGGAACUUGGAAAAGCACGUAUAUACUACCUAAGCAUAAAGGAGGGGCCAAAACUACUGCCUGUAAUUAUAAGCCUAUCAAUAUAACACCUGUCAUAUCACGGAUCAUGGAGAAAGUAAUCAAAGACCAAAUGUCAGACUACUUUCUAACACACAAACUCAUCAACCAGUCACAACACGGAUUCCUUAAGAAAAGAUCUUGCGUCACUUGCCACACAGAAUUUUUCAACGAAGUCACCUAUAGAAGAGAUAGGAGAGAACUAGUAAUUGUCCUUUAUUUUGAUAUAAGGAAAGCCUUCGACAGAGUCCAACAUAGUCUGUUAGUCAGCAGGCUAUGCUCACUAGGGAUACGCAACCCCCUCCACAACUGGAUAAAAUCAUUUCUCAACGACAGAAAUCAGUCAACAAAAAUCGGCUCGAUGACCUCCAGGCCUAGGCCUAUUAGCAGUGGUGUCAUCCAGGGGAGUGUAUUGGGACCCCUUCUUUUCAUUAUAUACAUAAACAGUAUAUGUGAGUGCUUUAGUAUAGGUAAGCCAAUACUGUAUGCAGAUGACUUAAAGGUGACAUAUACCUGCACAAAUACAGAUAUCGGUACAACUAUGAACUCCAUACAUGAAGAAUUAACAAAAAUGGAUAUAUGGUGUGACACCUGGAGACUUGAGUUUAAUGUCGAAAAGUGUGGCUGGCUCUGCAUAGGCUGUCCCAACCUAAAACUCAACCUAGCAAUUCAGGGCCACAAAAUCCCCAGACUCAAAUCUGUGCUAGACCCAGGACUGAAAUAUUCACACAAUCUAUCAUUUUCUGAGCAUAUCUCGAAACAAGUAUGGAGAUCAUGCAGGCUUAUUGGUUUCCUACUCAGGAACUUCUACAGAAGUGAAUCCAGAAUACUACUGUACAAGGUUUGUGUGCGCCCACUCCUAGACUAUUGUUCAUUCAUAUUUAGUAGUACACGCAUAAAAGACAAACUAAAAGUGGAAGGAGUACAGAGGUACUUCACGCUAAAAGUACUCGGAACCGAAAACGGCACAAACUACUCUACCAAAUGUGAAAUUCUAGGACUAGAAACAUUAUGGUUAGGACGACUGCGACUAAAUCUGGUACUCUUCUAUAAGCUUCUUAACCACAUAGUGUAUACCCCUACUAAUUGUACUAGGUUUUCAGAAGACACUGGAUAUAACCUUAGACACACUAAAGGUACGGUUGCUAUAGAACAAUGUAAAACAGCCACCAGGCAAAAGUUUUUCAUGAUUAGGUAUGCCCAAAUAUGGAGCGAACUACCUAAGGAAAUGCGACUAGCAAGGUCACCGGUGUCCUUCGAAAAGGCACUUAAUGACACACUAAGUGAGUUUGCAAGUGAUACCAGUGCUAAUUCCCAUGUAAGAGCUUCAGAAAUUAUAGGCCCAUUUAAUGUAUGAACCUAGAGAAUACACCUGUUGUUUCAUUUGCAUUUACCUAUAAUUUCAGGCAAAAAAGCAGCAGUCAUGAAAAUAACACCCAUACAAACGAGAGUCGAUCGAAUUAUGUCUACCUGAUACAAAGCGUGAACCAUAACCAACAUACGAAUGAAAUAUGAGAAAACCAGGUCGAGACUUACCACAACAUCAAAUGGAACGAAAUAAGUUACUUGGACAUCAUUUAUAAUCCACCAACUGGUCUCGUUUCCAAAAAGAAUGCGACGGUAUUUUAUCCUCAGUGGAGAGGAAAUACAUAAAUCCACAGUUCCCGUUGUAUACACUCAGCGGAGGUAGGAGCCAAAAAAGUAAUGCAUUUAAAGCAUAUGCGUACUUCCCAUCAUCACGGCGACACUGCGGAAUAUGUCAAAAUCGCAGAGUAAUCAAAACCCAACCCAUACAGUAAAACAAUCUAACAUGACCUUAUCUAGUUUUCGUAUCCAUGAUCAAAUUUCUUUCCUAUUGUAAAACUACAAUUGGAAUGCUGAAAAAAUGGAAUAAAUACAUCACUGACCUCAAAAUAAUAAAUCGAUUAACUUUAAGUCAAGGAUGCUCUCCACAACAAAGUUAUACAGGAGAAUUGACUUCAAGCUUCAUUUUUCCCAGAUAUUUGUAUUACAUUCAUCCGAUGUCUAAGUUUUCUGUUAAUGCGAAGACAAUAUUUCUAUAUCUCUUUAUGUGUUACACAGACAGACUAUUUUGCAGAUUGUUCCGACUGACUCUAAUGUCAGAAAGAACAAACAAACUGUAAAUUCAACAUACAUCGAAACAUGUGUAAUUUAUUUAAUAACUUAUCCAUGCCUGUACAAUUGGUAUGUUCCUGCAUAAACAGGAAGAAAUAAAUAUACAUGUAGUUAACUAAAUCCGAAAGGCAAACAAGUUGCAGUACAUUUUUGAAUAUUCAUCCAUAUGACGAUCACGAUGACAAAUCCCAAUCACUACCUAUACAGCGCCAAUAAACCUGGAUAUCUAUGAUAUAACGAAAAUAUGCUGACAGCUGCAUUUCAGAUCCCACUGACUCAUUCGAUGGUGAAAUUCUGCUCCUCCUCUUUCGACAUUUUUGUAUGGAUUGGUUCGCAGUUACUCUGGUUCCAGACCGAAAAGAAUCAAAAAUUCACUGAUUGCUGAAUUAUGAAUACUCCGCUGCAUGUUUAAGUGGAUACCAACUGCUGUGGUGAGCCUCUUGCAGAUUAUACCGCUUAAAACAUCGUUUACGGUAAACUAACUAACGUUUUAUAAGCCAUUUAUGUACUUUUGUGAGUAGCCCACCAUAUCGACCGAAUAUAACGCAACGCUCAGUUGUUGCGCUCAUUUUCAACAAAUUCAAACAAUAAUGGUGCCUAGGAUUAUGCCAUAUAAACUGUUUUCACUUAUGCAGAGUGUACUAACGGUCAAUAUUCCAUUAUCUUCCCUUGUAUAUAUAUCUUGUGUUAGUGAAAAAUUUUAAAUAUGUCUACUCCAUGUGUGCAUUAUUAUCCCAUUGAUGAUGCCUGUCAGUUGGAGUCCCUCAUGUGCAUGAAGUGAGAAUAUAUUAUUAUAAGACGCAUUUUAUUGUUUUAUGAGGGAAUUGACUCCAAGCCUUGUUUAUUUUCCCAAGUAUCUGUAGUCCAUCCAACGCAUACUUGGGUUUUUUUGUUAAUGCGAAGUCGAUAUCUCUAUAUUUCU